AUGGAUCCAUUUUACACUUCUUUCUCAGACUCGUUCCUCUCUAUUCCCAACCACAGAUCUCCAAUUUCCGACAGUAGUGAGUGUUAUCCGAAGAAACGAGCAGGGAGGAAGAAGUUUCGCGAGACACGUCAUCCUAUUAACAGAGGAGUUCGUCAAAGAAACUCAGGGAAAUAUGUUUGUGAAGUUAGGGAGCCUAACAAAAAAAAAGGAUCUGCCCUCCGUGGCCGCUACGCUUGUCUCAAUUUCGCGGAUUCGGCGUGGCAUCUUCGGAUUCCUGAGUCUAACUGUCCUAAAGAGAUUCAGAAAGCUGCGACUGAAGCUGCAAUGGCGUUUCAGAACGAGACGGCUACGACUACGGCGGCGGAGACAGCGGGGCAGAAAAUUGGAGAAACCGCGGAGCAGAGUAGUGUGUUUUAUCUGAAGGAAGAGGCGGUUUUGGGGAUGCCGAGAUUUUUUGAGAAUAUGGGAGAAGAGAUAUACUUGCCACCCUCAGAAUUAGGAUGGAAUCAUAACGACUUGGAUGGAGAGUCUGACGUGUCACUUUGGAAUCUUAGAGUUUGA